UUCUCAUCACAUCACGUGUCACGAGUUGACUCCAUCAACGUUUUAAGAUCCAUGGUGUUGUCAAUGCGCUCCGCCGUUUAAAUUUCUAUUCCACGAGGAAACUGCACCUACAAGGGCUGGCUACAAGCAACAACCUUAGUGAUCCACCAUGAUGAAGGAGCGAAUUCAUCAGCCGUUCAUCCUGGAGAUCACUGUACUAUCAGCGGAAGGCCUCAAAACCAGCUCUUCAGCUCUCUUUUCAAACCGUGUAAGACCCUUCAUCACCUUCACCACGGCCCUUCCUAGCCCGUACAACCCCUGCAGCAAGGGUGAUAAGAAGUGCCCAAACGCUUACAGAACAAGGGUGGAUGAUGAGGGCGGCACCAACCCCACCUGGGGUGACAAGUUUCGCGUCCCUCUAGACGCCACCUUCUUCGCUGACAUUUACUCCUCCGUCCAUCUCCAACUAUACACCAAGCGGCUCAUUGUGGGCCAGGCCCUACUGGGUUGGUGUCAGAUUCCGGCCCACGACAUUGGGUCCCCGCCGGUUGGGUCAGUUCGGUACCUGAGUUACCGGUUGCGGGCUAGAGACGGUUCGAGGAGCCAUGGAAUUGUUAAUCUUGCGAUAAAGUUGGAAGCUUUAGCCCCCGUUCCCGGCCGAAGGGUUUUUUUAGAUUCAGAUUCGCCGAAUGUUGACACGCGUCAGACGGUAAUUGGCAUACCGGUGGCGCUGUCACACCCAUGGGACUCCGUGAGCGUCAGUUCAAGACGCUGACUUCCUGAGCAGUCGGUUGUGGGAGUGAAGUGGGUGACGUGUCGUUCUUGAGCCUAUCCAGUUGUAGAGCAUCAAUGAUUUGGUGUGGGGUUGUGUUAUGAUUAUGAGAAAUUGCCUUUGCUCAAGGGCGCCAUUUUCUUUGUGUGAUUUAUUAAAGACAAAGAGCUUGACUUUUGUCACUCGCCGAACAACAAUCAUUGUUGCUUCUGAUUUCAGCGAGUUUCACUUUUGUGUGUGAUUAUUAAUUUAUUACGUUAAACGAGUGGCUUUCCCUGGAUUGUUGCUUCUGA